AUGUCAGUCAAAGUCUCUCGGAGACCACGCCCAUCCAUGUCCCCGCCAAUCAUCAGGCGCGCUACGUCAGAGGCCACGCCCAUUCACGAUCCCGCCCCUUUGGACACGCCCCGGCACGCCCCUGCAGAAACCACGCCCAUUUAUGAUCGCGCCCGUUCAUGGCCCCGCCCCUUUGGACACGUCACGUCAGAGACCAUGCCCAUUGAUGAGCCCGCCCCUGUGGACGCGCCCUGUCAGACCACGCCCGUUUAUCUUCCCGCCCCCCCCAGGACACGCCCCGUCAGAGACCACGCCCAUUUAUGGGCCCCGCCCCUUAGGACGCGCCCCACCACGCCCAUGCACUGCCCCGCCCCUUUUGACGCGCCCUGUAAGACCACGCCCGUUUAUGAUCCCGCCCCUCAGGGGCACGCCCCGACACAGGACACGCCCAUUUACGGCUCCCGCCCCUAUCGGAUCGCCCCGUCAGAGACCACGCCCAUUUAUGACCCCGCCCCAGCCCGCGCCCGUUUAUGGCCCCUCCCCGUCAUGCCCCCCUAUGACGGCAUCCGUUAA